CGCUGGAGCCGACCCCUACACCAACACUGGCACCAACCCUGGCACCAACGCAGGGCGCCAAAGCCAGCGCCAACGCCAUCGCCAACGCCAGCGCCUACGCCGGAACCGACCCUGGCACCAACAGUGGCUCCAACACCAGAUCCAACACUGGCACCAACAUCAGCGCCAACGUCAGCGCCUACCCCAAUGCCGACGCUGGAGCCGACCCCUACACCAACACUGGCACCAACCCUGGCACCAACGCUGGCGCCAACGCCAGCGCCAACGCCAGCGCCAACGCCAGCGCCUACGCUGGAACCGACCCUGGCACCAACAGUGGCUCCAACACCAGAUCCAACACUGGCACCAACAUCAGCGCCAACGUCAGCGCCUACGCCAAUGCCGACGCUGGAACCGACCCCCACACCAACACUGGCACCAACCCUGGCACCAACGCUGGCGCCAACGCCAGCGCCAACGCCAGCGCCAACGCCAGCGCCUACGCCGGAACCGACCCUGGCACCAACAGUGGCUCCAACACCAGAUCCAACACUGGCACCAACGUCAGCGCCAACGUCAGCGCCUACGCCAAUGCCGACGCUGGAACCGACCCCAGCACCAACACGGGCACCAACGCUGGCGCCUACGGUCACGCCGACGUCGGCGCCGACCUUCACACCAUCAGCGGCACCAACCCUGUCACCAACAGUGGCACCAACGCCAGCGCCUACGCCUGCGCCGACGCUAGACCCGACCCUGGUACCGACGUGGGCUCCAACGUCGGCGCCAACACUAGCGCCAACACCCACCCUGGCACCAACAGUGGCCCCAACUCUGGCACCAACAGCAUCGCCUCCGACGCCAGCAACGCAAGCGCCUACGCCCGCGCCGACGGCCGCAUCACCUACAGCUCAACGUACUCCACAGCCCACCGAGGUACCCACUUCAGAGCCUACUCCAGGGCCGGCGUGUCCAAACACAUGUUAUGGUUCGACGUGCGACGAACGUAUAGAAAUUGGCUCGCAGUCUGCUGAAGGCCGACCUUGGACUUGUGCAUUGCUUGAGAGUGAUGCUGGAUGUGAUUGUGGCGGGUGUCUCUGCCAGACGACGGACGCUAUUCCCACAGAUGUGUUCACGGUAACUGGCUGGUACAUUGCAGACGAAACUCUUCCAUCAGGCGUGACGUCGUCAGAUCUCAUGUCUUCAACGGCCUACAAAGCCGGCAAAUUAUCUGGUUUGUCUGCUGUUUUGUCCGUGCCAGCGUCUGACAUUUCAAUUACGGGUUUCACUGUAAUUGACGAAAUGUCGGGCGCAGUCUCUGUGAAGAUUAGCUUCACGAUUCGGGUCACCGACGAAAAUGCUUCCGCUGUCAUUUAUUCCACGCUUGCUGGAGCUGCAACCGAUAUCAAAGUCCAAACUGACAAUGCUAUGGCUGCCGCUGAUUGGAGCGCUGAAUUUGUGAUCACCGCCGCUCCUAUGAUGACGAUUCCCGUUGUGGCCAUUCCUGGGAUGGCGACGCUCGCGGACAUCGCAAAGGCGGAGGACAUUGUUGCUUUCCAGCUGAUCGCAUCGAACUUGUCAAGCAUAACGACGACGAUUGAGGGAAUAGAGCUCACUGUCACCAAGGCAAGCGUGAGCGAUGCCAUCGACGGGCGUAUCCCACUGCCAGACGUGAGUGCUGCGACUGGCGUGGAAGUGGGUCUACCCACGUCGCUAUUUGACGCCGUCGGAGUUGAGAGAGCGCUGGUCUUGGCCGCGAACCUCCCCGCAUCGGCCGUGCCCGCGGGAGCUCCAGGCAUGCAGGUAGAGGGCGCGAUCAGCAUCUCCCUGAAGUCUGUCGAGGACGGUUCGACCCUGUCAGUGACAGGCCUCCCAGAUCCGAUCUUCAUCGACCUGCCGAACGUGAGCGACGGCCUUGCUUGCGGUCGGCGGAUUUCGACGAAGCCAUGCUGAAAUGGAGCUCCGAGGGCAUGGCAACUACGCGCCUCGCUGACGGCACGCUGCGGUGCGCUACCACACACCUCACAGUUUUCGGGGCCAUACUGAAGGGCUUCGUGAGCUCGCUCGAGUGCAGCCAGGCCAGCCUGCUGUCAGCAGAGUCCUACGUGGAGUUGUGGACUGGCGACUGGUUGGACUCCGCGGGCUCGGUUUUGCUGCAGUGUGUGAUGUUAUUGUACAUCGCCAUGCUGUUGAUCGCGCACGCGUGCGACGUCAGGGACGAGCGGGCGGGCCGCUGGGGCACGAGGGAGUUCGUCGUUCCCGAGCUCGCGCGGGAACCCGUCGCCUGCCCGACGACGCGGGCGGACGGAUACCACACCGAGACGACGGGCGCGCCCCCGGUGACCCUGCUCGGUGCCGAGCGCGCAAACGUCACGGAGGUUCUGCGCAAGCAUUUCUGCUUGGAAAGUUCGAGCUGCAGGGCAGUGGGUGCCGAGGACCGCGCCGCGGCGGGCGCGCCUCGGACAGUUCCGCGCGGCACCGAUCACACGCCCGUUACGGAGGCGUUGCGCAAGGAGUUCUGCAAGAAAAGGUCAGACGGCAGCGUCGCGAGCAGUCAGAGCAGUCAAGGCCACGCGGUGGCAGCUACAUCGUCAAUGGCCAGCUAUACAACCGCCGUGGGGUCGUUGCAGUCUGUCCGCCAGGCGGUCCAUCAGGACACAAAGGCGUCUUGCGAGGAGCUGUUGCAGGGCGCGCUCUUGGAAGUCGUCAGCAUCGUCACCAAGUGCGUCGACGGCGUCCUGCAAACCGUCGAGGUUUUUGUCAGUUUCGUGUGGGAACUUCUCAGGGGCAAGUUCGGCCUCAAGGAUCUGGCCAAAACGCUGGCCGAGUGGAACGCGACGAAUCGGGUGUGCGCGUCUCUGCUCAUGCACCCCAGAGAUGUGGACUUCCUGCUCAGCCCAGAGGUCCAGAAGGAGCUGGAGCCCCCGGCGCCGGGCGAGCUGGACAGUGAGGGCGCUGCGCUGCGCACCCUCGCUGGCUCCGCUGCCGAGGGCAGCGUCGCCGAGGCCAAGCGGCGGCACGACAUGCUGGCCGAGAUGGUCGGCAGGGUGCGGGCGGCCCGUGAGAGCGCGCUUCGGCGUCGCUGCUCGCGGUGCCACGCGGCUCGCACGUUGAUGCUAUCUUUCCUGAUCAACUGUCCCGUCGGGGCGGUCUUUGUGCGAAGCAUCAUCAUGAGGAGAUCCAUGAGGGUAUUGCUGCUCGGCUGCGAGCUGACGGGGGCCGUGAUGAUCGCUACGUUCUUCUUCGCGAGCACAGGGGGGGCUCUGGCGAAGGACUCGCCCGAGGAGUGCAACGCGGAGUGUGACGACCAUGGCGACGAUUGCAUGUGGCAGGCGCUUGGAGAGUUGAUCGCAGUCGGUGUGGUCUCUGCGCUCUUGGCGAGCAUCCCUCUAUCCAUCAUCAAACUGGCGCACCAGCGUCACUUCGUGCGAGUUCCAACGGAGGGAUGUCGAGAGUGGGAGCUGCAGCUAGGGAGGUGGCGCAGGCGGGACGCCCUCGUCUACGUGCUGGGCACGCUGUACAGCCUCUUCGCCAUAAACUACGUCGCCCUCUUCUUCGCAAACGUCUCCUCCAAUGACCACCUGGAUCUGAUCAGCUCUGCUGGCGUCUCCUUCGCGCAGGGGCACCUCCUCUUCCCACUGCUGUGGGCUUUCGUGGCAACCAGCCUGGCACUGUGCGUGUGAGGGUGGGCGCGGCGAAGGAUGCGGGGAGGCAAGGACGGGCUCCUGGGGUUGCUGGCGCGGGCGGGGCCACUCGGAAAAGGGCAGAUCUCGGACCUGGCUGAUCUCGGACCCGGCUGAACUCGGGCCCGACGGAUCUCGGACCCGGCUCGCAAUGGGGCAUGGGGGCAUGAAGGUCUUAGGGCAUCCGAGUGUUGGAGCAAAAAAGCAUUAGAGCGUCAGGUCCGCUUAGGGAUUUAGGGCGGUCGGGCCUUAGGACAUUCGGAUGUUAGGCCGUUAGGGUGGUAAGGUGUUGACGGUCUGUGGAUUAACAUCUUAGGUUUUUGUAUUGGGGCUUCCGGAUGUUAGUGUCUCUGGGACUUCGUACAUGCGCAUGCGGUUGACCUGCCAGCCAGAGGAAUUCGAGCCCAGCCGAAUUCGCACUUCGCCGAACUCGCACCCUGCCGAACUCGCACCCCGCCGAACUGGCACCCAGCGGCUCAUGCAUUCUCCCCCGGCCCUGCCUCCUCCAGGGGCAGAACAAUUCGCACCCGGCCGAGAACGCGCCCAGCCGAACUCGCACCCGGCGGCUCUGGCACUCUCCCUCGGCUUGGCCUCCUCCGCAGGCUGGAAGACUCGCGCCUGGCCGACCUCGCGCCUGGCCGAACUCGCACCAGGCCGAACUCGUGCCGGGCCAAGCUCGCGCCCGGCCACACGCACUAGCCGCGCUCGUGAGGCGGCCGUUUUAUCGUCGGGCGGCGAACGCGCAAGCCAUGACGCAACCAGUACAUACGACGUUGGCAUGUGCAUGUGCAUGCGUCGAGGGCUACGCCCGACACAUGUUUGCUGUCUGGCUUGGCGGCGGGGCAUGCCCGGCGCGCUGUCUUGUGAUUUACUACCUAUGGUUGAAUGACGUUCUGUUCUCACAGCAUAACCUUUUUGACAGAUGGCCACAUGGCCUCCUCCACUUCCUCUUCCAGCUUCCUACUCC